AAAGUCUUCUUCCUCACCUACACUCGCCCUCACUCUCGGCCUUCUCUCUCUCUCUCCCGAACCCUCCCCAUCCUUCUGCUAGCAGCCAGCAGCCAGCAGCCAGCAGCCAUCUCCCCUCCAUCCGCCAGCGAUGGAGCGUCCCAUGCCCCAAAACAACCUCUCACCGACCCAUCUUUUCCCUCUUCCCUCGGUUUUCUUUUCUUCCUCGCGCAGAUCCCGACCAUCCCUUUCUUGCUGCAGGUGGUUCUUCCUCAACCGGCCAAUAGCAAACUUCCUCUUUAUCCAAUCACCGUCACCACUAUCACGACCAUCACCUUCUUCCUCUUUCUCCGAUCACCACCACCACCGGCAUCAUCGACCAUCACCUCCAUCUUCGGCUUCUCCAUCUUUCGCCGAUACCUUCAUCUCCGAUCAUCACACGCAAAAAAAAAAAAAAUGAAAUGAUGAAGUCCAUUUUCAGAUCUGGAAGUUUGGGUUGCUGACAGCCACGCAAAAGGGACAAAAGCAUAGAAAUUCCUCCUAUUCCUUAACCAUUGCCGUGGCCCAGCACCCACCAUGCAGGCGAGUGAACAGCGAACGAGAGAAAUUGAAGCCGGAUCUGUCGAUCGGGAAUGGUGGUGAUUGUUGCGCGCGACGGCGGUGACUAUUGGAAAAUGGUAACUCGUCAGUUGUACUUGAACUGGUCAUAGAUUCAUAUGCAGCUGAGAAUCAGCUCGUGAACUCGAAAAAGGGACCAGGCCAUUCCUCUUGCAAAGCGUCCCAAAAACCCUCACCAUCGGGUCUUCCGCAGCAAAUGAGAAAUUGGAUUGGGUAAGGUUUGAGUCCAUUUUUGUCAUAGAGUUAGGCUUGGUUUUGGAUAGAAGGAUAGGGUUUUUCUGAGCAGUAUAAAUAGAUCUUUAGACGAGGGUUUUGGGGGGUCUCGGUUUUGGUUUUGAGUGUGGAGAACGGCGGCAGAAAAGGAGAGGAAUUUUACUAGAGGGAACCGGUGAUUUGGGAGAAGAUUUUGGUCUAUUUUGUAGGUAAUUUUCUUAACAGAGGAGUUUUUCUGGGAACGGUGGUGAAGGGGACGAUGGGAGCCUGGUCUCGUGGGUGGGAUCCCUCCCAUCAGAUCUGGAUCUAUUUUCCUCAGAAAACUCUGCCGUGGGUGUUGCUUUGUUUGCUGAUUUCUCUUUUUUUAUUUUUCAUUUAGUCUUCAGUUUAAGAUUGUAUAUGUUUUCUUAAGAAAUGAAUGAAAGAUCAUAGAUUUG